GUCGCGAUCAAGAUUAUUGACAAGACGCAGCUGGACGAAGAGAACCUCAAGAAGAUAUUCAGAGAGGUCCAGAUCAUGAAGAUGCUCUGCCACCCACACAUCAUCAGGUUGUAUCAGGUUAUGGAGACAGAGCGGAUGAUUUAUCUGGUGACAGAAUAUGCAAGUGGAGGGGAAAUAUUUGAUCACCUGGUGGCCCAUGGGCGCAUGGCUGAGAAGGAAGCCCGGAAGAAGUUCAAGCAGAUCGUAGCAGCAGUUCACUUCUGCCACUGCUGUAACAUCGUUCACCGAGACCUGAAGGCAGAGAACUUGCUUCUGGAUGCAAAUCUGAAUAUCAAAAUAGCAGAUUUUGGAUUCAGUAAUAUCUUCACACCUGGCCAGCUGCUGAAGACCUGGUGUGGGAGCCCCCCGUACGCUGCCCCGGAGCUUUUCGAAGGGAAGGAGUAUGACGGACCGAAGGUGGACAUCUGGAGCCUUGGCGUGGUGCUCUACGUGCUGGUUUGCGGGGCCCUGCCUUUCGACGGGAGCACGCUGCAGAACCUGCGAGCAAGGGUGCUGAGCGGAAAGUUUCGCAUUCCAUUUUUCAUGUCCACAGAGUGUGAGCACUUGAUCCGCCACAUGCUGGUGCUGGAGCCGAGCAGGCGGCUUUCCAUGGAGCAGAUCUGCAAACACAAGUGGAUGAAGCUCGGGGAGGCCGAUGCGGAGUUCGACGCGCUGAUUGCCGAGUGCCAGCACUUGAAGGCUGAGAGGCAGAUGGAGCCUCUGAACGAAGACGUGCUGCUCGCCAUGGCUGAGAUGGGUCUGGACAAGGAGCGCACCCUCCAGUCACUGCGGACGGACGCCUAUGAUCACUACAGCGCAAUCUACAGCCUGCUCUGUGACCGCCUGAAGAGGCACAAGAACCUCCGCAUUUCCACACUGCCCAGCCUCCCGCGGACCAUGGCCUUCCCGGCCCCUGCCAGCAUCCAGGCGGAGCAGGCAGGCAACGCGGUGAGCCUCAGUGUCCCACAAGUGCAGCUCAUCAACCCAGAGAACCAAAUAGUGGAGACGGAUGGAACAAUGAACCUGGACAGUGAUGAGGGCGAAGAGCCGUCCCCGGAGGCGCUGGUCCGCUACCUCUCCAUGCGGAGGCACACCGUUGGGGUGGCUGACCCACGCACGGAGGUGAUGGAGGAUCUGCAGAACCUGCUCCCAGGCUUCCCCCGCAUCGCACCGCAGGCCCCGUUCCUGCCGGUGGCCCCGAACAUGAACAUGGCGGCCAACAUGCUCCCCAUGCAGCACCUGCAGCCGACGGGCCAGCUGGAGUACAAGGAGCAGUCCUUGCUGCAGCCCCCGACUCUCCAGCUGCUGAACGGAAUGGGACCCCUUGGGCGGAGGGCGUCGGAUGGAGGGGCCAACAUCCAGCUGCACGCACAGCAGCUCCUGAAGCGUCCCCGGGGUCCUUCUCCUCUUGUCACCAUGACGCCAGCUGUGCCGGCUGUGACCCCUGUGGAUGAGGAGAGCUCGGAUGGGGAGCCCGACCAGGAGGCUGUGCAGAGAUACUUGGCCAAUAGGUCCAAAAGGCACACGCUGGCCAUGACCAGCCCCACCACGGAAAUCCCGCCCGACUUGCAGAGGCAGCUAGGACAGCAGCCCUUCCGCUCCCGGGCAGCACACCUGGCACCCGACCAGCACCGCCACAUCUAUAAGGACUCCAACACGCUGCACCUCCCCACGGAGCGCUUCUCGCCGGUGCGCCGCUUCUCGGACGGGGCUGCCAGCAUCCAGGCGUUCAAGGCCCAGCUGGAGCGGAUGGGCAACCACAGCAGCAUCAAGCAGCUGCAGCAGGAGUGCGAGCAGCUCCAGAAGAUGUACGGGGGGCACGUGGACGAGAGGACCCUGGAGAAGACGCAGCAGCAGCACGUUCUGUACCAGCAGGAGCAGCACCAGAUCCUCCAGCAGCAGAUCCAGGAUUGCGUCCGCCCUCCUCAGCCCUCUCCGCCCCUGCAAGCUCCUGGCGAGAACCAGCCUGCACUGCUCACACACCAGCUGCAGAGGUUACGGAUCCAGCCCUCCAGCCCUCCCCCCAACCACCCCAGCAACCACCUUUUCAGGCAGACGGACAGCAGCCCCCCUCCGGUCAGCGGCAGCGUGAUCCUCCAGGGACACGGUGCUGCGCCCCAGCCGCCAUUCCAAGGGAUGCCGCCGCCGCCCGCUGGCACCAUCUUCCCUCGGUCAGGCAGCUGCUCUCCGCCCCCCAACCUGGCCCUGCCCCGCCUGGGCGCCCAGCAGCGCGUGCCGGGGCAGGUGCAGGAGCCCGGGGAGGCCAUGGGCAGCAGUCUCCUGCAGGCCGGGCGGGCCGUGCCCAUCGCGCCCAGCGCCAGCCAGCUGCAGAUGCACCACCGCGCCAGCCUGAUGGCCUCCCUGACCUACGGGCACCGACCGCUCUCCAAGCAGCUCAGCGCGGACAGUGCGGAGUCCCACAGGUACCCACCCGCCGCCUACGACCAGGCGCACUUGCGCCCACACCUGUUUCCCGACCAGGUGCGGGUCUCUCCCGGCAGCUACGGCCCGGCCGCGGCAGUGGGCUUCUCCGCAGCACAGGCCCUGAAGGUCCCGCAGAUGGAGCCGUUCGCCACCUUCCCCCAGAGCCCGCCGCCGCCGCAGCAGCAGCAGCAGCAGCCCCCCUACACCACAUCAGCCCUCCAGCAGGCGCUGCUCUCCCCCACCCCGCCAGACUACAGCCGGCACCAGCAAGUCCCGCCCAUCCUGCAGGGCCUGCUCUCGCCCCGGCACUCGCUCGCCGGCCACGCGGAGCUGCGCAUGCCGCAGGUCGAGGUCGCCCAGCUCAUCAAGCGCCGGCAGCAGCAGCAGCAGCAGCAGCAGCAGCAGCAGCAGCAGGAGCUUCAGGAGCUGAUCCGGCACAUGAGCCAAGGGGAGACGGGACCCGUGGUCACCAGCAUGGCCCAGAAACUUUCGGAGCGCCAGUCGCUACCUUUGCCUUACCAGAACACGGAGACCUACCACCCCCAUCCGCCACACCCCCACUCCAGCCCCCAGCACCUCCUCAAAGUGAGGGCGCACGAAUGUAUCCCGCCGGGCCCAGCCUCUGUGCCUGCACAUGGCUUUCCCCACCAGCCCGCCCUGGUUCAUUCGGAGAGCAUGGAGGAGGAGGCGGACUGUGCGUGCGAGGCGGGCCGGGACAGCGUGGCGGGCGGCAAGGCCCAGGGGGGCCAGGAGGCGCAGCUGCUCCUGCGUGCAGGUGGGCCCGGGGAGCUGGACUCGGUGUUUGGGGCCGCUAAGCACGAGCCGCGCCCGGGGGGACACCCGUACCGCCACCAGCCUGCUGCCGCCUUCCCGCACCCCGAGCCGCCCUGUCGAGAUUCCCUGGCCUCGGGGGGCAUGGAGAGGAGCUCCCCAGGACACGUGGAGAUGACGGAGGCAGACGGGCUGGGGGGCUACUCUGCGCGACCCACCUCUGGCGCACACCACAGAUCCCGGCCCCUGCAGAGACACCACACCAUCCAGAACAGCGACGAUGCCUGCGUGCAACUGGACACGCUGCCCGGCAUGAGCCUGAUGGCAGGGAAGGCGCUCAGCUCUGCCCGCAUGUCUGACGCGGUGCUCAGCCAGUCGUCCCUCAUGGGCAGCCAGCUGCUCCUUGACGGGGAGCGGGAAGACUGCGGGGAGAGCCUGGAGUGCCAGGAGCACCUGAACCUAGGAGAGAGCAGCCAGCACUUGAGCGCCUCUUGCUACCCGUCCACGUGUAUCACCGACGUCCUGCUGAGUUACAAGCACCCAGAGGUCCCCUUUGGGAUGGAGCAGGCUGGGGUCUAGCGGGCAGGCGGGCUACAGGGUAUGUACAGCUUUGAAACAAAAAGGUCCAUUUCAAACCAACAGUAUCUCGCAGCAUUGCGCCAAACAGCCGUAGCGUUUCUCCCUGACUGGACUCUUGCAGCGGCAGCGGCAGCUUCUCUCCCGCCGCCGCCGCCUCCACCGCCUCCUCGGUUCAGCAGUGUGCUUGUUCCUCUUGGACGUUCCUUAUUGCCACAUUUGCCUGUGAUUCCAGCCUUCUGGAAGAAGGAGAGGGCCCCUCGUUGAGGUGCUGCGCGGGCGGGCCAAGGGCUCCGGCGGCUUUGGGGGCCCCCUUCCGCCGGGGGUGGGUGCUCCAGGCCCGGCCCAGUCCGGAGAGCUGGGGCAGGAGGGGAGGGAUGCGCCCGGCAAGCGGUCCGCAGGUGUUGUGGGCAGUGCCAGCUCCAGCCCUGCCCUGCGUCGCAGCCCUCUGGCCGGGGGGCAGAGCCAGCAGGGGAGCCGUGCUCGCAGAGGGGCUCGGCGGAUCGGUGCCUGCCUGCCAUGCGCUGCUCGCCCCCCACCGUGUGGGGUCGGGGCCCCCCCCCCCCCCCGCCCCGGCAGUGCUGCAGUUCCGCUUCUGCGCGUCUCCCAUUUCUCGGCUUUUCUGUUUCCACAUGUUGUCACUGUGCUUCGAGACGCUUCCGUUUUUUGUACAUCUCCAUCCGGAUCCGGCUGCCAGGGUUUGUUUGUUUGUUUGUUUUUAAGUUUAACCUUGAGAAACCUGCUUCUUAUUUUAAACUUGCUUCCUUCCAGAUCAUGUAGGAAUUUGUUUUGGUAAAUGUUUUAUUAUUAUUAAUAUUAAUAUUAUUAUUAUUAAUAAAUUAAUUGUUAAGAAAAGAAAAGCUGCCUCUCUCUGCCCUGCCCUGCCCUGCCCUGCCCUGCCGCUCGCCCCGCUCCUCCCAGCAUCGGCGCUUCCCCAGCAUGCGGCAGGGGCCUCGGUGCUCCCGCUGGGCAGAGGCCUGUUUGCUGUGGCUGAUCCAGGGGCCGGGCCUUCAGGGAGUAGCUCAUGUCGUCUUUUCUGCCUUUGGGGACUUUUGAACAAGCCAUUGCAGAGAAUUCCUCUCACUGACUCUUUUUGGAAAACUUUUUUAAGAGAAAAAGAAUUCACACCGCCCUCCUGAAUUUGCACAGAAGCCGCGUGACGCCGGCACGGCCAAGCUUCUCCUCCUCUUGCCUUCUCCUCAUUCUCGCCUCCACCGUGGCUUCCUCUGGGCGCCUGGACAGAGAUGGCGCAGGCGGCGCCGCGGGAGCUGCUUCCUCCUCCGGCCGGCCGGUGUCCGGGGUGCCGCAUUGGCCCGCAGCACCAUCGGGGAAGCGAGUAUCCAUCCCAGGAGUGGGGGGUAGAAGGCCAGGCCCCCCUCAGCCUGGCUCUGGGCUUCGGUUCUCCUUCUGUUUACACGACCCUGGGAGUCAGCAGCGGCCACCCGGCACCAGCGCCGUCUGGCCAGGCCGCACCGGGACUUGCCUGGCCGCGCUCUUUGGCAGUACCAUGCUGCUGCUUUUUGUGGGGGGUUUGUUCUUUUAAUCAUUGCUUUGUAUUGUAGUAAUCAAUACGUGCAGUAUCUGUUGAAUGUAUAAUAUACUUUGCUUUUCUUUCUGUUUUUGGGAAAUGUCCAAAGUGUUUUUCCUCAUUUAUGUUGGACUGAAAAAAACGAACCCACAUACAAAACCUCCCCAAACUCUCAGUAAAUACUUCGUCCAGUUUUGGGGGGUGGUGAUCUGCUUAGUUUGAUGUGGGAUCAAGACAAAUAAACCCAUGAUUAUGACUGGCUGGCA